CAACAGAGGAGGAAAUGGAGUCUUCAAGGCAUGACUGCCCUUGUAACUGGUGGAGCUAGCGGAAUCGGGCAUGCUAUAGUAGAAGAGUUAGCUAGUUUUGGAGCUACAAUCCAUGUAUGCGACAUAUCUGAAACACUGCUUAAUCAAAGAUUAAGCGAAUGGGAAAAUAAAGGGUUUCAAGUGAGCGGUUCAAUAUGUGAUGUAUCCUCUCGGCCUGAGAGAGAAACAUUGAUGCUAACUGUCUCAAAGAUGUUCGAUGGCAAGCUGACCAUUCUUGUGAAUAACAUUGGCGUAGUUCGCCUUAAACCAACAACAGAAUAUGUGGCAGACGAUUUCUCGUUCCAUAUUUCAACAAACUUGGAAUCAGCUUAUCAUCUUAGCCAGCUUUCACAUCCUCUUUUAAAGGCUUCUGGAUUCGGAAGCAUUGUUAUGAAUUCUUCUGUUGGAGGGGUUGUAUCAAUGGAAUGUGGAUCCCUCUAUAGUUUAACGAAAGGAGCUAUGAAUCAACUAGCAAGAAGUUUGGCGUGUGAGUGGGCAACUGAUGGCAUAAGAAUUAACUCUGUUGCUCCUAAUUUUAUCCUCACUGAUAUGACUGCACCUCAUCUUGAAGACGCGGGUUACAAGAAGAGUUUGUUCAGUAGAACUCCGCUUGGUCGUGCUGGAGAGCCAAAAGAGGUUGCAUCACUUGUGGCCUUUUUGUGUCUACCUGCAGCUUCAUAUAUUACUGGGCAGACCAUUUGUGUUGAUGGAGGUCUCACUGUCAAUGGUUUCUCAUAUAAGCGACAGGCUUGAUCCAUACUUGUGUGUGUGUUUCUUAAUAAUUUGUCUAUGCAAAUAAGAGAAAGUGAUCCUCCUAGCUGUAGGACCAUUAUCUCAUUUUCCAUGUCCACAAGUUAAAGAAUCGAUGAUUUAAGUAGAAGUCUCGACCAUUAUCUCAU